AUGUCAGAAAAUUUUAUUAAUGCUAUCCAAGAACGUCCUAUAUUAUGGGAUAAAAGGAAUAAAAAUUAUCACAACCGGUUAUUAUCGUACCGAGAAUGGGAGGAUUUAGCCAAAUUAACUGGGACUACAAGUGAAACGGCGAAGAAAAAAUGGAAAAAUUUGAGAGACACAUUUAUAAAAGAAUUAAAAAAAAUUCCGAAGCCUCGUUCUGGGGCUGACGCCGACAACGAGCCGAAGUAUACAGGCACGUGGCCAUAUUUUGAGUCCAUGUCAUUCUUAAUAGUAAUUUUGAAACCCCGAAAAACAGAAGGAAACAUUGUAACAAAAACAGAUAGCAAUUCAAGAGAUCUGCCGGAAUCUACAGACGCUGCUAGUUUGGAAGACGAUUUGGCCCUGGACGUGGCUGACAGUGACGACACCCAACUCCAUGAAUCUAUGUCUACGUUGCAAGAAAUGCCACAGAAUACAACAGAUAUUAACACACAUCAAUCGCCUUUGCCUUCACCCUCGUUGCCAGCUAUCACAAGACAAACACGCAAAAGAAAAGAUAGUGACCUAGAAGCAUUCCUCGACAUCGAGAGAGAGAAGAUGAAAAUUCUUCGCCAGGGUCAAGAAGAUACUACUGAUGACGAUAUUCUUUGGUUCAAAUCCAUAUUACCUUAUAUAAAACAGUUACCGUCAAUGAACAAAUUACAUUUUAGAACGCAAAUGCAGGAGCUUCUACUAACGGAGCUGUCAAAAUUAAAUCCAACACAACCCGGUUCUCAACAUGGAUAUUACACUUCUUUGUGA